AUAGUAGCUGUAACUGUAACUGUUAGUGUUGAAGUAGUUAUUACAGUUACUGCUGUAGUUUUUGUAGUGGUCACCACACCACAGUUGUUGUAGUUGCUAUUGUCGUAAGUGACUGUUAUCAGUGGGAGGGGAGAUUAUUCGGCAAUAGCUACAAGUUAUUUCAUAAUAUCCUCAAUAUAUUAUUCACCGUGUGAACAGCGAUAUAUAAAAAGGUGUGGCUAAGCUGAGUUAGGCUCAUUCACAACCAAGUUACCAGUCAGGCAUCAUUAGUCCACCAGCACCAGAAAGUAUUACGCAAUAACUGCCUGUAAUACCGUAAAACAACAUACAAAAUAAUUUACAAUGGCUGAAGAAAGCAGCAAGAAAGAAAUUCCUGAAGUCAAGAAAGACCAAAAUUUGAAGGUAACAGAUGCCAAAGAACAUGUUGAUAAAGAAAACAUACCUGCUGCAGCAGAAGGGAAGAACACUGAGAAAGAGAAUCAACAGAAAGAUACAUCCAAGAAAACACCAUGUAACUCUGGGAAACAUGGAAGAUUUUCUAAUUGCAAUCCAAUGAAAGAGAAACAGAUAUCUGAAGAGAAUCACCAUUUUCCUGGAUUUUUUGGUAGAUACCAAAAUGAUUGUUGCCAUCCUUACUAUUUUAGAAGUGGCUGGAAUACUUUUUCAGAUCAUUCCAAUUGUUCAUGCCAUCAGAAGGACAAUUCAAAAGACAAAGAAAGUAAAGAUUCCAAGACUGAGAAUCUAAAUCAGAGCAAACAUGAAGAAUGUCAUGCCGAUUCUUCUUGCCACAUGGGGAGGCAUUUUGGGAAUCAUAAUUUCUCCAACCAUUCAGAGCAUUUUGAUCAGUUUAGAAGACCACACUUUUCAGAUAUUCCUCCUUCUUUCAAUAGACCAGGUCAUCAUGGUUUUCCUGGUAGAGGCAAUUCUUUUGAGGUACCCUGCUUUUAUGGUGGACCAAAUCACUUUAUUAGCCCUGACUGUGAGGACAUGCCAAAUUACUUUGAUAGACCAUGUAUGUAUGGAGGUCCAGAUCACUUCAUGAAUCCAUGGCAAUUUAAUGCUCCAUGGCAAUCUCAUAGAAGAGGUCCUUUUGACAUCCCUUGUCAUUAUGGUGGACCAGAUCACUUUGUAGAUCCGAGAUAUUUCCAAAGACCAAAUUAUGAAUACAACUGUCACCCAUCUGAAAACAGCUUCUUUCAGAUGCCAAGACAAACACAUGAUUCCUCCUAUUCUCCCAAAGAAUGGCAUUUUGAUAGUCAUCGUCAUUUUGGCAGACCAGAAAAUUUUGGCCAGCAUGGCCCUUUUCACCAAAGAUUUGAAAAAAGCCAAGACAAAGCAGAUUUUACAUGGAAUUCUAGAUAUGACAGACCACCAUUUGAUCAUUUCUCACAUCAUCCAAGACAUCCCUUUUUCCGUCGUUUUUCUAAACUGAAUACUCCCAUUGAAGAUCGACCAAUUUUCAAAGAAUUUGAUUUUUACUGAAAUGAAACUUUAAAAUUUUUGAUUUCCAAUAUUUUAUUUUUUCCAUGUUUCUUAAUAUUUCACUAACAAUUUAGAAAAUACUAUUUUGCUUCGAAGCUUUCAAACAGCAGUAACAGUUUCUUUUUCUUAAUCCGUCUUUUCUGAGAAAUUCAUUCUGCUCAAAAACCAUUUUCCUCUUGAUCAUUUCCAUUUAGCAGGGAAAGCUUUAAACUCAGUGCUCAGACCAUCAUAUGUGCAUAUGUACACAGUAUAAAUGUGUUCCCAUCCACUUUUCAUGCUUGCAUAGGUUGGAUGGAGUUUAUCAAGGCAAACUUUCUACAGCCAGAUGCCCUUCCUGUCACCAACUUUCACCUG